AUGAGCAGCGAAAUUUUCGAAGAGUGGGUACGUAAAGUCGACCGAAAAUUCUGGGUAGAUGGUCGAAAAAUUGCUCUCAUUAUCGACAACUGCCCUACUCAUCCAACGUUGUCCAAUUUGACCAACGUGCAGCUUGUCUUUCUGCCACCAAAUACGACGUCUAUCUUGCAACCAAUGGACCAAGGUGUCAUUCGCAGCCUCAGAGCGUAUUAUCGCGGAAAGGCUGUACGUCUGAUUUCCAGAGCUCUCGAAGAAAAAAAGCCUUGUCCAAAGAUAUCAAUUCUGCAAGGAAUGAAGCUACUGGCAGAUUCUUGGGAACUCGUAGCCAAAGAAACCAUUAUAAACUGUUUUAGGAAGGCUGGUAUCCCCCCUGAUGGUCAGCAGGCUGCCAUUGAUGAUUCUGAUGACCCGUUUAAAGAUCUUCAAGAAAGUUUGAUUAACUUGACGAAAGCAGAUUCAUCAAUGGUGCCGAAUGAAGUCACCGCCACUGCUUUAAUUCCCAUAUUUGAAGUACCCACAAUCCCCACACCCACGUAA